GAUGCAACACGUUGGGCGUUAAAUGCAAUCAAUAUUUAAGCAAUUGUUGAGGAUAUCUGCUCUUGAUAUCAAUUGUUUUCGUAGCAAGAUGAGCACAUUCGUAUCUGUAAUAAAUCCAGUUACAGGGAAAACUGACUGGUGUCUUCAAAACGACAAUUAUGACUUCCAUCAAGAAAUUGCAAGAUCUGCAUAUGCUGACAUGCUGCAUGAUACAGAAAGGAACCAAAAGUACUACACUGCAUUGCGUCAUGCAGUUGUGAUCUUGCGAACACGAGGGGAGAGGGUUCAUGUCCUAGAUAUAGGUACAGGAACAGGACUUCUGUCGAUGAUGGCUGCCUCUCUAGGAGCUGACCAGGUGACUGCAUGUGAGGCCUUCUCUCCUAUGGCUGACUGUGCCAGGAAGGUGAUCCAACAAAACGGCUUUGCUGACAAGAUAAAGUUGAUACCAAAACGCUCCACAGAAAUUGUGGUUGGGAAAGAUGGAGACAUGGAUUCCCGUGCAAACAUCUUGAUCACGGAGGUGUUUGAUACAGAACUUAUUGGAGAGGGGGGUAUUGGUACAUUCACACAUGCCCAUAGAGAGCUUCUACAGAAUGACUGUAUUGUGGUGCCAUCAGUUGCUAACAUGUAUGUUCAGCCUGUCAAAUCUAAGCUGGUCCGACGAUGGAGAGACAUUCAGCCAAUCAGAAUGCAUGGAUGUGAUGACAUCAAUCCCCCAGAUAACCUGAUCAGUUGUGGUGGAGCUCCAUCCUUACAUGAUCUUCAGUUAGACCAAAUCCCGUUAGACCAGUUUGAGAUUAUCUCUGAUCCAAUAAAAGUAUUCAGGUUUGAUUUCAGUGGCAAGACACCUUUACCGUUUCAUAAUCAGUCUCAAAAUGUGGUCAAGAGUCUGACCUCUGGACAAGUGGAUGGUGUGUUUAUGUGGUGGGACCUCGAAAUGGACACUAAAGAGGAGAUAAUCCUUAGCUGUGCACCAAGCUGGGCACAUCCACACAUUGAAGAGUUACAGUGGAGAGAUCACUGGAUGCAGGCAAUAUAUUAUCCUAGUACUCCGUUGGAGGUCAAGAAAGAAGAAGAGGUCAAGGUCAUUAGUUACCAUGAUGAGUACAGUCUCUGGUUUGAAGUUGCCAAAGAAUCCAGUGAAAAAGAAGAUUUCCACAAGGAGGGAGGACCUAUAUGCAGCUUUGGGGCUAACAUUUGUUUCAGCAGGGGCAGAAUCGGAAUGAUGAAUGAUCCAGUGAGGAGAAAAAUUUACAAAGAGAUCUUAAAAAAGAAUGUGACUACUGACACAACUUGCUUGUGUUUGGGUGAUGGUAACAUGAUGGCACUGAUAGCAGCGAGACUUGGCUGUAAACAGGUUUUUACUGUGGAACCUAACCCCAGUGUAAGAAAGGUCAUGGAGUCCUUUAUUAAAACAAAUGGUCUAGAAGAAAUUAUCACUGUAAUAACUAAUAACCCUGAGGCUCUGACGUCUGCAGACUUUGGUGAUCACAAGAUUGACCUUGUGUUGGGAGAGCCAUACUUUCAGAGCUCUGUUUUACCAUGGCACAGCAUUAAUUAUUGGUACUCGAUAGAUCAGCUUUCUGACAUUAUGGCAACUGAGGCAAAGAUAUUCCCUACUUCAAUGACAAUUAAGGCCAUAGCUGUUGAGUUUACAGACCUCUGGAAGAUACGGGCCCCUGUUGGAAUGUGUGAGGGAUUCAAUCUUCAAGUAUUUGAUGAUUUAAUAGAGCGUUCGUCAGAUAUUGCUGAUGAGACUGUAGAACCACAGCCCUUAUGGGAAUACCCUUGUACUGCUCGAAGUGAUAUUGUAAAUAUUUACAACUUCCAAUAUACUUCUUCCUGGGACAAAACAGCAGUGACUUUGACAAAAGAACUCAACUUACAAAGUGAUGGACACUGUAAUGGAGUUGUGCUGUGGGCAGACUUUGACUUCGGCAAAAAUUGUGUUGUAAGCACUGGACCAAGAGAAGCACCACAUGUAGGAAAGGAAAUUAAAUGGGACAUUUACACUCGACAGGGUGUCCAUCUUCUAAAACACCCGCUUACCUCGAGGAAUACUGUUGGUGAACAUGCAAUUCAUGUGACAUUCAAUUUUAGACCAAAACAAGGAGAUUUAGAAUUUACUUUUAAAUCAAAUAGCUGAAAUUAUAUAUUUGGAGUAUUUACUGUUCGUGACCUAUCCUUUUAUCAAACACUAACAAAGAUUUGUCAACUUGAUAUCAAGCUUGUUAUGAUUUACCUGGUAUGUAAGAACAAAAUUCUUCUGUAGGUGCAACCUACUUUAACAACAAUGAUUUUCCCUUAACACUUAAAUCCCCUGGAUAUCACUAAUUUUGUUCAGAAGAUGCAGGGCAUGACUUGAUAUCAUUCCACAAUGGUUAUGAAUAAUUAACAUACAGAAAUAAUUCCAGAAGUAAAUAGUCAGACCGUCUACAGACCAAAAACGUGUUUAAGUUGAGGGAGAUCUUAACCUGUUUGUGUUCACCAGUACUUCAUUCUAGAUAGUCAGGGAUUGAAGAGAAUGUGUUAUUACAUUCAGGAUAUAUGAAGACCUCUUCACUGGAUGUUGAUUCAGCUUCAACAAUCAAUGAAAACACCUGUUAGUUUUAUUGGCGUGAAUUUGACUAGAAAGUGUUCACAUAUUGUAUCGUCAGCUUAGGUAUUCUUCGUCCUUAUUACAUGUAUUACUUGGCUUCUGUAUGCAUACAAAAUUAGAUAAAUGAUAAAAAGAUCAGAAGGCUAAUCCAGUGAAAAUUUUAUUUUAUUUUAGUUAUAUACCAAUAAAUGCCUGGACCAGU